AUAUCGACCAUGGCAGUCAAAAAGCGAAAUAAACGUCCAGGAUUACUAUCCCACACUCGACCACGAAUUGCCGCCAAAAAUCAACUCACACCAUCCGCUACAACAGUCUCUUUAUCAUCCAAAGCAACCAGAAACCUCAUCAGAUCUCAUCAUCAACGCCUCAAAGCACGUGAAAGAGCAGUUCUUGCCGGCGACAAAGCUCAAGUUGCUCAAAUAGAUGCUCAGAUUGACGCCAACGGCGGCCUGGAAAGUUAUCAACUUGCCAGUAAAACGGGCCAAUCGCGUGAACGAGGCGGUGAUUCUAGUACUGUCUUGUUGGAAUGGAUUCGUCCGUUAUUAAGACGGAUAAAACAGGCUCGCCAGCAGGAUGGCAGCAUGUCAUCCGGCAAGUUGAGGUUAUUGGAAGUUGGUGCCCUCAGUACCAAGAAUGCUUGCUCUCAACAUGAUUGUAUCGAUGCUACCAGAAUCGAUCUCCAUUCUCAAGAGCCGGGGAUCUUGCAGCAGGAUUUCAUGGAAAGGCCACUUCCAGCUGCUGACAAUGAUAAUAAAGAUAGAUUCCAUGCCAUCAGUCUCUCCCUCGUACUAAACUACGUGCCUUCUGCUGCUCAGCGAGGGGAAAUGUUGAAACGUUGUUCGGCAUUCUUCACUCCGUCACCUCCAUGCUUGUUACGAGACACAGAAACCAAAAAUUUUGCUCCGUAUCUCUUUCUAGUCCUUCCGGCUGCGUGUGUUUUGAACUCGCGAUAUUUCAAUUCAGAACGACUUAAUGAUAUAGCUACAUGUCUGGGGUAUAGCAAAUUCAAGGAGAAAGUCACCAACAAGCUCAUAUAUCAAUUAUGGGAAUUCCGGCCAGGUUCCCACCACAACAACAGCAAUAAGAAUAAAACAGCAACGAUAUUUCGAAAGGAGGAAUUGAACCCGGGCAAGACGAGAAACAACUUCACCAUCACACUUAAUGCGAAUUCAUGAAUAAGUUGAAAAGAACGCUGCAGAAUGCCGUGUACAAUGCAUGUGCUCAAAACAACAGAUCAGAAACUACGACACGACAGGCGUGCCUGAUCCGGGGAAUGGAACCAGUCAAAGAUCCUCUCGCUAAGCGAGAUCUCAUUUCCGAAGAUCUUUAGGUGGAAUGCAAGCGGCAAUAUGAUGCAGAUUGUGAAACACAGCAAGGAACCCAUGAGCGCCAUAAUGCGGUCGAAGGACGGGAAGACGAUUGCAAUGAAAACGAUCAGAACAAGCACGAUUACGCGUAUGAGGCCUUUGGCGACCGUGGCCGCUUUUCCAGCUGUUUGGCUGUUAUGUUGCGAGGAAUGGUGGCUCGACGAGUCAAGACCGCAUAGAACUUCGGCCGUUGCAAUGAGUGGUCGAGCACUAGAUGCGUCAGUCUAUUAUUGUUGAAAAUCUUGGACAGAUCACUCACUUCAAAGGCACUUUUGUGAUUGGAAUGAUUGCAGUAAACACAAUAAUACCAAUAGAAAGUG